CUCAUUGAUAGUUUCAUUCAAAGUAUUCACAAGGCCAAAAUGGUGUCCACCUUGGAAGUACACAGCCACAAGCUCUCAUCGGUGGUCCCCGGAGCUGUCACCGGCGACGAGGUCAUCCAUGAGCUAACCAACAUGGACUUAGCAAUGAAGCUCCACUAUCUCCGAACAGUGUACUUCUUCAAAGCCAAUGAAGUUAUUGAAGGACUAAGCAUCUUCAAUCUCAAAGAACCCAUGUUUCUCAUGCUCAAUGUCUUUUACCCGGUCGCCGGGAGGAUACGAAGGACAGACUCCGGCCGUCCGUUCAUUAGGUGUAAUGACAGUGGAGUGAGGAUCAUCGAAGCCCAGUGCGAUAAGACGAUCGAUGAAUGGUUGCAGAGCGAGCAUUCGUCUCUUGAUGAUCAAUUUGCCGCGGACAAGGUUCUUGGUCCUGAUUUGGCUUUCUCUCCCCUCGCUUAUAUUCAGAUCACUAGAUUCAAAUGUGGAGGAAUGUCAGUAGGUUUGAGUUGGGCACACAUCCUUGGAGAUGCCAUCUCAGCUACAAACAGCAUCAACAUGUGGGGACAAUUCCUCACAAAAAACAAGUCACCAACUGAUCAAAACAUCCCAAAAAUCCAACCAAAAAGCAUCAACAACCUCUCAGCAAAAUUAACACCUGCAACUCCAAAUAGACUCAUCAAACAAGUCCCACCAGUUGAAGAUCACUGGAUUUGUCCCACUAAUCAUCACCAAAUGGCCACAUUUUCCUUCCAGAUUUCAUCACCAUCAUUAUCAUCUUUUGAGUCCCUCUCUGCUCUCAUUUGGAAGUGUUUGGCAAAGAUUAGACAAGGGAGGGAGCCACAUUUGGUCACAGUCUGCAGGUCUACCUCUGCAGAAAAGAAAACUGGAUUUGUUUUAAGCAAUGAUCAAUUCAUCACCAGUGUUCAUUGUGAGUCUUCUCUUUCAAAGAUUGAUGUUUCAGAACUAGCACAAUUGAUAGCUGAAGCAAGAGUGGAUAAAAAGAAGGAAAUUGAGGAAUUAAUUGACAGUGAGAGUGGAGAACCAAGCUUCAUUUUUUAUGGAGCAAACCUCACUUUUGUUGAUUUAGAGAAUGUGGAGUUUUAUGGGUUGGAGAUUAAAGGACAAAAGCCUGUUCAUGUGAGCUUUAAGAUUGAUGGAGUGGGUGAUGAAGGUCUUGUGCUUGUUCUUCCUGCUGGGGAUGGUGAAGGGAAAAAUGUGACAGUCAUUUUACCAGAAGAUGAGAUUUUAAAGCUCAGGGAAGUGCUUGAGAUUGAAUGGAAUGUUGUUGUGUGGUAAACAAAAUUGCAAAUCAUAUUACUGCAGAAUUAAACAUGUUUCUGUGUUGCUAUAGUUGUUGCUAUUGUUGUUUAUGAUCAUAAAGUUGCUCGAUACAAGAUCAGUCACUAUUUAAUAGUGUUCUGUAUAUUUAUGUUGGUAGUUUUGCUUGAAAUUGUGCCAUGUAAUCACUCAAUCAAACAGUGACGCUGAAUAUGUAAUUUAAUUGUUUAAUUAAACGGUGAUUAUGACGAUAAAGUUGUUUGA